AUGUUUGCCCCCUCCCUCACCCCGGGGUCCAUGAUCCUGGAGACCUACCUCCGUAUGGUGGGCGUUCCCUACCGCACGGUGCCCGUGCAGGACAUCGACUCCAAGGGUCAUGACGCCUAUGUCAUGCAGAAUGGCAUCCGCAUCUCCUCGUCGGCCCCCUUCCUGUCGCACGCCCUGCGCGGGGUGACCAACGCCGUGGACCUGGACCUCGGCCUGGACGACGCGGCCAUGUCCACGUCCUUCUUCAUCGACCAGUGCCUCCGCGGCAAGCUCAUCCACAUUUUCUCCUACUACCAGUGGGUCCGCCAGCCCGAGCUCGCCGGGCUCCACCUGGUCGGCUGGCCCGAGCCCUUCGGGACCAUCCUGGCCAAGAUGCGCGUCAACCUCAAGCUCGGCCCCCGCCUCGCCAGCCUCGGCAUCGCCUCCUCUUCGGAGGACGAGAUCAAGCAGGUCUGCCGCGUGGUCUGCCAAUCGCUCAGCAGCAUCCUCGGCGACAAGAAGUUCUUCCUCCACCCCAGCCGCCCCACCUCGGCCGAUGCCGUGGUCUUCGGCACCCUGGCCCCCAUCUUCUUCGGCCCCUUCGACUCGCCCAUCCGCGAGUACAUGCUCUUCCAGCCGUCCAUCAUGAACCUCCACGUCUACCUCCUCCGCAUCCGCGACAUGUACUGGCCCGACUGGAACGAGUGCUGCCGCGCCUCCUCCGGCUAG